GAGAACGCGCCUCACGCGCUUCCACAGUGUCGGGCAAAAUGGCGGACAAAACGCCAGGUGGGGCCCAGAAAGGCAACUCUAAGGCUUUAUUGGAAAGUAAGCUAAAGGCUUUCAGUAUUGGCAAGAUGGCAGUUGCAAAAAGAACACUAAGUAAAAAAGAGCAAGAUGAAAUCAAGAAGAAGGAGGAUGAAAGGGCAGCUGCAGAGAUCUAUGAGGAAUUUCUUGCUGCCUUUGAGGGAGGUGAAGGAAAAGUGAAGACUUUUGUACGUGGUGGGAUUGCUAAUGCUACGAAAGAGGAAUCGGCAGCCGAUGAGAAGAAAGGAAAGCUCUACAAACCAAAAUCAAGGAUUGUGGAAGCUAAAAGUUUUUUACCUUUGGAAACCCCACAACAGUUUUUACCAAUAGAUAAACGCAAUGCAUCGAAAAAGGGAGACAAAGAAAAGAAAAAGAGCAACCUUGAGCUCUUCAAAGAAGAACUCAAACAGAUACAGGAGGAGCGUGAUGAACGUCACAGGUUGAAGGGCCGAGUCAGUCGUUUUGAGCCUCUUCCCACAACGGAAGGAAGGCGAUCCUCGGAUGGUUCUUCACGAAGAAACCGUCCGUCCAGUGUCUUGGAUGAUUCGGCUCCUGGCUCACAUGACGUUGGAGAUCCGACAACCACAAAUCUGUAUUUAGGCAACAUAAAUCCUCAGAUGAAUGAGGAGAUGCUCUGCCAGGAAUUUGGUCGGUAUGGUCCCUUAGCCAGUGUGAAAAUCAUGUGGCCUAGGACUGAUGAGGAGAGGGCCAGAGAAAGGAACUGUGGCUUUGUAGCCUUCAUGACGAGGAGAGACGCUGAACGUGCACUUAAACAUUUAAAUGGUAAAAUGAUAAUGAACUUUGAAAUGAAACUGGGAUGGGGCAAAGGUGUACCAAUUCCUCCUCAUCCAAUAUACAUUCCACCUUCAAUGAUGGAGCACACCCUCCCACCUCCACCCUCCGGCCUGCCCUUCAAUGCCCAGCCCAAAGAGAGGCUGAAGAACCCCAACGCGGCCAUGCCUCCCCCUCCAAAGUGCAAAGAGGAGUUUGAGAAGACUCUGUCGCAAGCCAUAGUCAAAGUGGUUAUCCCAACAGAAAGGAAUUUGCUCUCUCUCAUCCACCGAAUGAUCGAGUUUGUGGUGCGUGAGGGCCCUAUGUUUGAAGCUAUGAUCAUGAACAGAGAAAUCAACAAUCCACUCUACAGGUUUUUAUUUGAAAAUCAAAGUCCAGCUCAUGUCUAUUAUCGGUGGAAGUUAUACACCAUUUUACAGGGGGAGUCACCAACAAAAUGGAAAACGGAAGACUUCAGGAUGUUUAAGAACGGUUCUCUUUGGCGACCGCCUCCUCUCAACCCAUAUUUGCACGGCACUCCUGAAGAUGAGGAGCGCGAGGAUGAAGACGACGAAGAAAUCUGCAAAAAGGGUUCCUUGAAGGACGAGGAAAGGGAUAAAUUAGAGGAGUUGCUCCGGGGUCUCACACCGAGGAAGAGUGAUAUUGCAGGCGGGAUGUUUUUCUGCCUCACUCAUGCUGACGCGGCUGAGGAGAUUGUGGAGUGCAUCGCCGAGUCUCUGUCCAUACUCAAAACUCCUCUGCCAAAGAAGAUUGCAAGGUUAUAUUUGGUGUCAGAUGUGCUUUAUAACUCCUCUGCAAAAGUUGCUAAUGCCUCCUAUUACAGAAAAUUCUUUGAAACAAAACUAUGUCAGAUAUUUUCUGAUCUAAAUGCUACUUAUAAGACAAUACAGGGCCAUUUACAAUCAGAAAAUUUUAAGCAACGAGUAAUGUCCUGUUUCCGUGCGUGGGAAGACUGGGCAGUUUAUCCUGAUCCAUUUCUGAUCAAACUUCAGAACAUUUUCUUAGGACUGGUCAGUCUUGAUCCUGAAAAGGAGCCUGAAGAGCUUGUGCCAGAGCAACCAGAAAAGGUGGAGGACAUUGAUGGUGCUCCGAUUGUGGAGGAGGAGUUGGAUGGCGCUCCUUUGGAUGACGUAGAUGGAAUGCCCAUCGAUGGAGCCCCUAUUGAUGGUGCAUCAAUGGAUGACCUGGAUGGACUGCCCAUCAAGGGAGCGGAUGAUGAUCUGGAUGGAGUUCCCUUGGAUCAAAAACCAGGUUUUAAGGUUGCCCCAUCAAAAUGGGAAGCAGUGGAUGGUGCUGCUUUGGAGGCUCAAGCUGUAACUACGUCAAAAUGGGAAAUCUUUGAUCAACCAGAAGAAUCUGAGAAAAGUAAAACAAGCACAAAAAGUGAAGCAGAAAGCAAAAACUCCCACAAGAGCUCCAGUGCUGUGGACCAGCAGUCCUACAGUAAUCCUGUUAGAGAAGAGUACGAUUUAAAGUCAGCAAAGUUUUCAGAGACGAGCGAGGAGAAGCGUGCCAAACUACGAGAAAUUGAGCUUAAAGUCAUGAAGUUUCAAGAUGAGCUUGAAUCUGGAAAACGGCCCAAAAAAUCUGGACAGAGCAUUCAGGAGCAAGUAGAGCUUUACCGGGAUAAGUUACUACAGCGGGAAAAGGAGAAAGAGACGGAGAAAGACAAAGAGAAAGAAAAAGAAAAGGAGAGAAAAGACAAAGAGAAAUCAGACGUGUUCCACAAGGAGAAAGACAAAGAUGAAUCCACACCGGGUAGAAAAGAAAAAAAACGGAGGCACAGUCCGUCCCCCAGCCCGACUCGAAGCAGCAGCAGCAGACGGGGCAGAUCACCUUCACCCCGAUCAGAGCGCUCCGAUAGAUCCUACACAAGAGACAGCUCUCGAUCAGCUUAUAAAGACUCUCCUAGAGAAAGCAACCGCAAGUCAUCUAAAAGGUCUCCUUCACCUCCAAGAACUCCCAAGAGGUCGCGAAGGUCCAGAUCAAGAACGCCCAAAAAGUCCUCAAAGAAAUCCAGAUCGCGGUCCCGAUCGCCCCAUCGCUCACACAAGAAAUCCAAAAAGAGCAAACACUGAGAGAUUAUCAAAUGAUGCCUGGGUCGUCUUUUGUGCCUCAAAUUUGUCCUGCAAAUCAGUGCGAGGGACAUUCCCUCUCUCAGCCCUCCUGGUUUUGAUUCUCAUUCACACAGUGUUUAAGGCUCAUCUAUAGGCUGUUUUAUAACAUCGUCCAGGAGAUUCUGUUGAUGUUCCACGUGUCCGAAAACAAAAUAACUGCAGUGCUUCGGGGCAGUCAUCCAUCAAUAUGAAAACUUCUCUUUUUUUUUUUGUUUUUUUUUUCCCUUUUUGUCAUUGUUUUUAGAUCCCAUGAAACUGACUUAAAUUAAAAUAGUGUAAGUUUCAGUUGUAUAGAUGUUUGCUUUUCAAUAAAGACACAAUUUAUGUGA